AUAAUAAAUCCGUUAAUAAGCAAUAAAGCCAUGUCUUCAUGACUUCAUCUACUCCAUUCUUGGUUUAUAUGUGGCCAGAAUUGUUGCAUCAAAGCAGAAGCAACAACCUAUAACUUCCACUUUCAAGUUUCAACACUCUUCACUUUCUAUAAUGUCUUCUUAACUCAACUCUUACACAAACCCAAACCAAUGGCUCUUCUCCAAGCAGUUCUCUUAAACACCUCAACUCUCCACUUCACACACAAGCCAAGACCAUCUAUACACACAAAGAAACCAAACCCUUCUGUAUCUAUACUCCAACCACAUAAUACCCACCAUUUUAAGGCCAAAUUCUUGAGUUCUUGUGCAGUUGCAACUGAUAUAAGUGGUGGGGUUUCCGUGGAAAGUGAUAAAAGUGGUGAUCAAGAUGUUGUGAUUGAUGUGAAUGAAGGGCUGGGGAGUGUGAGAGAAGUGGUUGAGUAUGAUUGGACUCAAGAAUGGUAUCCUUUGUAUUUGACCAAGAACAUUCCAGAUGAUUCUCCUUUGGGGCUCACUGUGUUUGAUAAGCAAGUUGUGUUGUAUAAAGAUGGGAAUGGGGAGCUUCAGUGUUAUGAAGAUAGGUGUCCCCACAGGUUGGCAAAACUCUCUGAAGGUCAAUUGGUUGAUGGGAGACUGGAAUGUCUAUACCAUGGUUGGCAAUUUGAAGGCGAGGGCAAAUGUGUUAAGAUACCUCAGCUUCCUACAGAUGCAAAAAUUCCUCGAUCAGCUUGUGUGAAAACAUAUGAGGUAAGGGACUCCCAAGGAGUUGUUUGGGUAUGGAUGUCUCGCACAAUACCACCAAAUCCUGAAAAAAUUCCUUGGUUCGAAAACUUUGCCAGGCCAGGAUUCCAAGAUUUUUCGACUACUCAUGAACUUCCAUAUGAUCAUUCCAUCCUUCUCGAAAACCUCAUGGAUCCAGCCCAUGUCCCUAUAUCACAUGAUAGAACCGACUGGAGUGCAAAAAGAGAAGAUGCUCAAGCUCUUAGAUUCAAGGUAACUGAACGAACAGAUCGAGGCUUUGCAGGCUGGUGGGGUAAGGACAAAGAGGAGUCCCUGUUAAACUUCCUACGCUUUGAAGCACCAUGUAACCUCCAGAAUAAUAGAGAAAUAGUUGAUGAAAAAACUGGUGAGAAAAAUUAUUUUUCUGGGCUCUUCCUUUGUAGACCAUCUGGACAGGGGAAGUCGAUGCUUAUUGUUAGGUUUGGAACCACAAAAAGAUCGCCAGUGGCAAAACUUUUUCCUGAGUGGUACUUUCACCAGAAUGCCAGUAAGGUGUUCGAACAAGAUAUGGGAUUCCUUUCAUCCCAGAACGAAAUAUUAAUGAAGGCCAAAGUCCCGACAAAGGAACUCUACAUAAACUUGAAGUCAUCCGACACAUGGGUAGCAGAGUACAGAAAGUGGAUGGACAAAGUAGGUCAUGGCAUGCCUUACCAUUUCGGACAUAACACCAUUUCCCUCCCCAAGGAGCCUGCUGUAGUUGAGCAUGCGCCUGCAGGUCUUGUUGCAAGUAUUUCAGCCUCCUUACCUGCAAAGGGUGGGAUAGGAUCCAUGCACGCUCCAAACCUAGCCAAUAGAUAUUUCCGACAUGUAAUUCAUUGUAAGGAAUGCAGCGGUGUUGUUAAAGCUUUUGAGACAUGGAAAAAAGCCUUCGCUGCAAUUGCUCUGGUUUCAACUACUUUAGCAAUUUUAGCUACUGGAAGACAGUGGAAAGCUCUUCUGAUAGUUUCAACAGCUUUGUGCUUGUCGGGAUAUUACUUUUGUACUUCUGCGAUAUCAUUGAACACAACCAACUUCAUAAGGACGCACAGAAGACUGUAAGGUUGGUUACUUCUUACUAUUUUUUGUCCGGGAAGCUAUCUGUUCUUGUGUGCCUUAUGUAAAAGAACAUAUACUAAUAAAUGUAUAAAUUUGUUUAGUUA